AUGGAGAGUUAUGCCCCUGGCGGACACUCGUUGAAAGACAAAUACAAAGAAGGCGGAAAGGCCAAGGAGUUGUUUUCCAACCACGAUUCGUUCUUAUUCUCCAAAGAGUACUUGGAAAAUGUGUUGGACGUCUCAAACGACAUGAAAGACAGAUUGCUGAAUUCGCACAAGAACUAUGUCGACGUACAGAUGAAGAAAUUGAUAGAGGUAUACGGCUUGGACACAUUUGGCAACAUUUUGAAAACAGACACCGAGUGGGACGACUACCACGGCAGUUCUGGCUAUGUAUUGGUAGGAGGUGGAAAGUACAGUUUCUUGUCGUAUCUUGUAAUCAGACAAAUCCGAGCUACUGGAGCUAAGAAACCAAUCGAGUUGUUCAUUCCAAGUAAGUUAGAAUACGAAAAGGCUUUCUGUGAGACGAUUUUGCCUAAGUAUAAUGCCAGAUGUAACGUAUUCGAUACGAAGUUGGCUGGUAACCUCAAGAAAUCUUUCAAUCUUGGAGGUUACCAGUACAAGAUGUUGGCUCUUAUGAGCUCCUCCUUCGAAAGGGUAAUGUAUAUUGACUCUGACAACUUCCCUACUAGAAACAUGGAUUAUUUAUUCGACUCGGAGUUGUUCAACGAGAAGGGGUUGAUCUUGUGGCCCGAUGCUUGGGCAAGAACGACUAAUCCUGUCUUCUACGAAAUAGCCGGAAUCAAAGUCAAGGAGAACAAGCUCAGAUACUCCACCUACGAUAAGAAACAAGCCGAAAAGGAAGGAAAGCCAUUAAAGCCAUUGUCUGAAUUUAGUUUCAAAGACUCAUGGUUCCACGAUUUCGAGGGAGCACUUCCGGAUCCAACUUCGGAAACAGGCAUGCUUUUGAUUAAUAGAACGUCCCAUCUCAAGACAUUACUCUUGGCCUUAUACUACAAUGUUUAUGGACCAUUCUACUACUAUCCCUUGUUGACACAGGGUUCUGCAGGAGAAGGUGAUAAAGAGACGUUUAUUGCGGCAGCCACUGCCAUGCAGCAGACAUAUUUCCAAACAUUGAAACAAUUCAAAUGGACUGGCUAUGUUUCACAAAAUGAUAACAAAUUCACUUCGAAGGCUUUGGCGCACUAUGAUCCCAUUCAAUCACAGGAUACGUCGAAAGAUGACAUUGAUAUCGUCUUCAUGCAUUUGUCGUAUCCUAAGUACUAUCCUAACUGGCUUGUGGAUAACCAUGACUUGGUCUAUCGUGAAAGUGGCGACCAUAUUAGAAUGUACGAGUCGAUCUAUGAGAACGUUGGCUACGAUUUUGAUUUGCGCGUGUUACAAUUCUUCACUCAGGCUAUUUGUCCCAACUACUACGAUUCUCAAACAUCGAAGGCCGUGGAUGGAGAAGAUAUUGAUAUGAUGGAAGAAUACAUGGGUGACUACCUAGCUUAUGUAGACGAUGACGAAGAGCACAACAUCAACAGAUGUAAGGAUGUUUUCAUUCCUCACUUGCAAUGGUUGAAGGAAACCACCAACUUCCUUUCAUCACUGUCGUAA